ACAAGUAAAAUAUGAUUAACAAUGCAUUAGACAUGAAAAACAGGUAUGAAAUGAUGAUGGAGAUGCUCUCUCUCACCUUUAAUUAAUAUCAUUUUCUCGUGAAGAUUUAUCUUUUGAGAGGACUUUUUUCAAAGUUUUGGCGGAUAUAUAAAAGUGAAAGAUACGUGUAGAGACUCUAUAGACACUUGUCAAGAACGUCAGUUAUUUGCAAGUUCAGCACGUGAAGCCUACUUCUUCCCAUGCAUGAUUCGAUCUAGCUCCAUUAUUGGAUUGAUGCCUAUAUAUAUAAAGCAUCUUCCCCACCCAAACCACAUACAUUACAGACACACACAGUUCAGUUCUACAGAGCAUAUAUAACGAUGGUGAAAAUCAGCAUCAAUGGCGUCUUCCUGGUCCUCUUACUCCUCUUGGUUACAUAUGAAGAAGAAAGAGGUGGGAGUGGAACGAUGAUGAUGAUGGCAGAGGGGAGGACCUGCGAGUCGCAGAGCCAUGGAUUUAAAGGGCGGUGCGUCAGCAACAAUAACUGUGGUCUCGUUUGCAAAAACGAAGGGUUUUCCGGUGGAUGGUGUCGUGGUCUUCGUGGAAUGUGCUUUUGCACUAAAGAUUGUUAGCUCUGCUUCUGGGGAAUGUAAAUAAUAUUAAUAUUAAUAAUAACUUAGUAUGCUUACUUGUGGAAUGUGGAAUGUGGAAUGUGGUUACAGAAUAUGAUAAAAUCUAUUUUCAUAA